GGGGCGGGGGUGAAAGGUCAGAGCGCGGCGGCGGGUCUGGCUGGCGGCAGCUGCGGGCGGGAGCGGAGUGUCCCGUGUGCACGUGUGGCGGAGCGGCGGCAGCAGCGCGGCGGCGGCAGGUCUUCCCGCCUCUCCCCGGAGCUCCAGGGCCCGGCUCGGCUUUCGUGGCCUCCCCGGCUCCUCAGCGCCCUUCCCUCGGCCAAGAGGCCGGCGUGUGGGGUCGAGUGGCCUGAGCUCAGGGCGCGGAGAGCUCCAGGCGGCGAGGACGACGGCGUUGGUCGCGGCUGUAACGACGGCCUCAGCAGGCGGGGAAGAUGAAAGGUAGCCGGAUCGAGCUGGGGGAUGUGACACCACACAAUAUUAAACAGUUGAAGAGAUUGAACCAGGUCAUCUUUCCAGUCAGCUACAAUGAUAAAUUCUACAAGGAUGUGCUAGAAGUUGGCGAGCUAGCAAAACUUGCAUAUUUCAAUGAUAUAGCUGUAGGUGCAGUAUGCUGCAGAGUGGACCAUUCACAGAAUCAAAAGAGACUUUACAUCAUGACACUAGGAUGCCUUGCACCUUACCGAAGACUAGGAAUAGGAACUAAAAUGCUAAAUCAUGUCCUAAACAUCUGUGAGAAAGAUGGCACUUUUGACAACAUCUAUCUGCAUGUCCAGAUCAGCAAUGAGUCAGCGAUUGACUUCUACAGGAAGUUUGGCUUUGAGAUUAUUGAGACAAAGAAGAACUACUAUAAGAGGAUAGAGCCUGCAGAUGCUCAUGUGCUUCAGAAAAACCUCAAAGUCCCAUCUGGUCAGAAUGCAGAGACACAAAAGACAGACAACUGAACAAAUUACAAAUGAACUUUCUUGCACUUGCUUGUCGCCAAAUAAAGAAAGACCCAUUGGUUCCCCUCCCCCUUUUCUUCAGCUUUCCUCCCUUGUUAUUCCUCCUUUCUUUCCUCUUCAAGUUUUUAAUACUUUCAAGGACUCUUAAAAAUGAUCAUGUUUGGAUUGUUUUAGUUCUCUUAUUUUUGUGAGGUGGUUGGGUUGAAGGAAGGAGAAGAUAGAUCUGUAUAGUUUCACAGUUAAGAUGUUCCCCAAAAUUGGAUGUCAGAUGAUUUCAAUUUUUUUUUUAAACAUCCUGCUUUCACAUUGAAGGGCAGUGUCUACGAUAUUGUUUAUUUUAACAGACAAAAAGAAGCAGCAGCAAUAUCUUGUUCUCUAAUUCAUAGACAAGCUUAGUGUAUUUGUGGUCCUUUGAGUUUUAAAGACUAUCUGUGGGAUGUUGAUCCCUGACAUUGCCUUCACUCUACCUGUAGUCCUUUGAGCACUCUCAGGAGCUGGACCGUUGUUAUCUGUUGUGAGAAAAGACUAAGCUUAUUUGGGUUUUUAAAGCAGUUUUUCUCUCUUUUUGCUGAUUGGUGGGGCAGUUUGUGUAGGUAGUAUUAGACUUUGGUCAAAGUAUUUCAGUUAAACUGCUAUUUUGAUGAUGAGUGGGUUGCUUGUUAGCAGUUUUUUUUCCCCCCUCCUUCCUUCCUGCUGUUAAUCUUGUUUCUAGAGGCAUUAACUUGUAGAGUGCAGGCUGGUGAAAUGAACUGUAAUAUCCCAGCCAGAGAUACUGCCUUUAACUGACCUAAAGAAGAUUGUUAUAAUUGAUUUUUCUUCUCUUGUUUUUCAGUAAGCCCAACAAUAGUGUAACCUUAUAAAUGGAGUUAUAAGCCAAUACCCCUAAAUAAACCUGAAGCAAGUGUUUUUUCUUGGACAUAAAAAAUUACAUAAGCUUAGACGGACUCGUAAUACAUUAAGUGUAUUUAAUAUCAACUAAUACAGAUUGUUAAAAGUGUGGCCAUUGAGCGUUUGAUAAUAUAUGAAAGAAUUUCUAGACAGUAUUUUUGAAAGUAACAUUGUUUGCUAUUGCUUAUCUGUUGGAGAACAUCUCAGAUUUGUUUACACUCUGUGCCUACAAUGUUGAUUUUAAAGAUUUGGAAUAAGAGGAAUCAUUAAGCAAAUUCCUUCUAUUCUUGGAACAGUAGAAGAAUAAAGUGUUAUACACAUAUCA